AUGCCUCAUCAGCAUCAAGAGGACCGGCCAUUGGUCAAACGGCAAAGAGUUGGUGGCCCGUCAAAAUCUGCGAAUACAGCCUCGAGAGGCUCAAGGAUCUUUGCGCCGUUCAGGACUGUGGGAUUGGUGUCGCCUACCGGUGUGCCCUUUACUUCGAUUCCGCAGGGCAAGACAACCUUCCAGAUCACCACCUCGGUCGGCCGGUCCCUCCAGACUUACGAUUUGAAGCGCGGCUUGAAUCUUGUCUUCAUCACCCGACCACAGGCUCCUGCAGACAUCACAGCCACGUAUGCCUGGAAAGAGAAGGUAUUCGCAGCAUGGGGCGAUCCUCGUCAUGGACAAACCCAGGGCCUAUGGGUGUUUCAGAGGGGCAAGAAGACCGCAGAGCUUGAGCUGCCCGGCGACCUCGAUCAGCCCAUACGACAGAUACUUAUAUUUGGCUCCUGGAUAAUUGCGUGCUGCCUCACAAGGGUCGAGGUAUGGAAGACCACAACACUGGAGCAUUAUACCACGUUGCACACUGUCGCUUCCAGGCCAGGAGACAACGAAAUCACCGGGGGCCUCUGCAAUAUGCCCACCUAUCUGAAUAAGAUCUUUGUGGGACGGCGUGACGGGUGGGUGGAAAUCUGGAAUGUCAGCACAGGCAAGCUGAUCUACACCAUCCUGCCACCCUCGCCAAAGUGCGGCGCUGCGUGUUGUCUGGAACCGACACCGGCUUUGUCCCUACUAGCCAUAUCCUACGCCAAUGGACCUCUGAUCAUACACGACAUCCUGACUGACAAGCGAGUGCUGUCGCUUAUGGCCGGCACGGAGGAGGCACCAGUCACAAGCAUCUCGUUCAGAACCGAUGGGCAAGGUGCUGGUCAAGAUGGUCGGAAGGACGGCGUGAUGGCAACAUCCACGAAGAGGAAUGGAGAUGUCACCUUCUGGGACCUCAACAAGGGCGGCAGGAUGAUGGGAGUUCUUCGAAGCGCCCAUAAUCCUCCCGCUCAUGAGGGCCCUGCCAUCGGUGGAGGAAUCAGCAAGAUCGAGUUCCUGCCUGGGCAGCCCGUGAUCGUCACCAGUGGCCUGGACAAUUCUUUGAAGUCGUGGAUAUUUGACGAGACGCCAUUCUCUCCCAUCCCCCGUAUACUGCACUCAAGAAGCGGCCAUGCAGCGCCUGUGACCUGUCUCGCGUUCCUGCCAUCUGAUUUCGACGGUGCUGAAGCAGGCAACAAAUGGCUCAUGAGUGGUGGAAAAGAUCGAAGCCUCUGGGGGUGGAGUCUGCGCCGCGAUGGACAGAGCACUGAGCUAAGCCAGGGGAAUAUCCGUAAGAAGGCGAAGAAGAUUGGUGCCCUCUCCACAUCGGCUCUCAGCCAUGGACCGACAACAACCCUGGAUGACCUCAAGGCCCCUGAGAUUACCUGCAUCUCCUCUUCACUAAACCGCGAUGGUGGAAUCGGUGCGCUACCCGGCAAGCAAUCGAUCUGGCAGAAGGGCAAUGUCCAGAAGAGGACAGAUGCAGAACUUAGCGCUAUGACUGGCUGGGAGAGCGUCGUUACAGGCCACAAGGACGAUCCGUAUGCCCGAACAUGGUUCUGGGGCCGGAAGAGGGCAGGGCGCUGGGCUUUCCAGACUGGCGACGGGAUGAACGUGUCAAGUGUGACCAUCAGCCCGUGUGGGACGUUUGCCCUCGUUGGUUCCGAGGGUGGUAGUAUCGACAUGUUCAACCUGCAGUCCGGCAUGCACCGGCAGAGGUUUCCCUCGAGGCUGACACCAGCACAAGCAAGACAACUGAAGCUGCAUCAACUGAAACAGGCAGAUGCGGUGAAUCAGCUUCAGUCCCGAUCCACACCCACUUUUGCGCCCGGAUCUGGCAAACACACCAAGCCUAUUACCGGGUUGGUUGUCGACUCUAUGAACAAGCUGGUUGUGUCUUGCUCGCUGGACGGAACUGUCAAGUUCUGGGAAUUUUUGACCGGAAACCUGCUAGAGCAAAUCGUCUGGGGGCCCACGACGAAGAUUCUAGGCUGCCGGUAUCAUGCCGCCAAUGAUCUUAUCGCGUUCUCAUGCGACGACAAUACCAUCCGAGUGGUAGAUAUCGAGACCAAGAAGACGAUUCGAGAAUUCUCCUGCAGCCAAAGCGCAAUUAACGACUUUUGCUUCUCCAAUGACGGUCGCUGGAUCAUCGCUGCAUCUCAAGACAGCAUAAUACGCGUGUGGGACCUUCCUACCAGCCACCUGAUCGACGCCUUCAGGUUAGAGUCGCCGUGCACAGCUCUAGCAUUCUCUGCAACCGGCGAGUAUCUAGCAGCUUCUAGCGAGGGCCACCUAGGCGUCAACAUAUGGACGAACAGGGCCGUGUUCAAGCACGUACCCACAAGACAGAUCUCAGAGAAGGAGGUCGGCCAGAUCUCUGGACCGACCACUUCAGGAGAGGGUGGUCAGGGCUUGGUGGAGGCGGCCUUCGAGGACGAUAGCCAGGAUGGCGAGCAAGAAGAAGACGGGGUAGCAGCGCCUGACCUGGACCAGUUGAGCACGGACAUGAUGACCUUGAGUCUGGUGCCCAAGAGCAGAUGGCAAACAUUGCUGCAUCUUGAUCUGAUCAAGAAGCGGAACAAACCAACAGAGGCACCCAAGGUGCCAGAGAAGGCACCAUUCUUCCUGCCGUCGACAAAUGGCAACAGGGCUUCAGGUUCGAAUGCUCUGGCGUCGUCCAGGGAGGAGGUCGAGUCUCAGUCGAGGAUCACGAAACUAGACUGGAGCCGAUCGCAGGAGGCAUUCACGGCGAAACUUGGUCGUGGUGCCAUGAGCGGAGACUACAACGACUUCAUUGAGCAUCUCAAGUCUCUGUCGCCAUCAAGCGCCGACCUCGAACUGCGCUCUAUGUCGACCGGCGACGGCGAUGACAGUGACUCCAACGAGCUGCUGCACUUCAUCCGGGCCUUGACGGCCAGGUUGGUGGCCAGACGAGACUACGAGCUGACCCAGGCUUGGAUGACGGUGUUCCUGCGGCUACAUUUCGACCUCAUCAUGGAGAGCGAGGUGUUGCUCGCCGAGCUGAAGACAUGGAAGGCACACCAAGGGAGGGAGAAGGAUCGCCUGGAUAACCUGGUCGGAUACUGUGGCGGUGUGGUGGGUUUCUUGAGAAGCCCAAGAACAUAG